AUGGCUUCGCUCUGUCUGAACUCGUUGCCCCUGUCUCCACCAUCCCAACCCCCCAAACUCUCAGAGGCUCCUUCUCCUUCUUCUAGUUCUCUCAACAUUAAUAGUUAUUAUGGCAGCAAAGGAGAAGCCUCAAAGCCCAUAGUUGUCAGUGGAAACCCACCCACCUUUGUUUCUGCUCCUGGUCGCCGAAUUGUCGCUGUUGGGGAUCUGCAUGGAGACCUUGACCAAACAAGAUGUGCACUUGAGAUGGCUGGUGUGCUGAGUCCUGCUGGUCAGGACUUAUGGACUGGUGGAGAAACGGUAUUGAUUCAGCUUGGGGAUAUACUUGAUCGAGGUGAAGAUGAAAUAGCCAUUUUGUCCUUGCUCCGAUCCUUGGAUAUACAGGCAAAAGAUGAAGGUGGAGCAGUUUUUCAGGUCAAUGGGAAUCAUGAGACUAUGAAUGUGGAAGGGGAUUUUAGAUACGUGGAAACUGGAGGAUUUGAUGAGUGUAUUGAUUUCCUGGAAUACUUGGAUGACAAUAGAGAUGACUGGGAAGAAGCUUUUGUUGGCUGGACUGGUGUCUCUAAACAGCUGAAGGAAGACAGGAAAAUGCCCCAAAAUUAUUGGGAUCCAUGGAAUCUAGUGAGGAGGCAAAAGGGUGUGAUUGCCAGAUCAAUCCUUCUAAGACCAGGUGGUCCAUUGGCAUGCGAGUUAGCACGGCAUGCUGUUGUUCUUAAGGUUAAUGACUGGGUCUUCUGUCAUGGUGGUCUUAUUCCUAACCAUGUUGCAUAUGGCGUAGAGAGGAUGAACAGGGAAGUAUCUCACUGGAUGAGAGGCCUCAGUGACAGUGAUGAGUCUGACAACCCUCACUUCCCUUUCAUAGCCACCAGGGGCUAUGACAGUGUAGUCUGGAACCGCUUAUACUCGAGGGAUACUUCAGAAUUAGAUGACUAUCAGAACAACCAGAUACAUUCUAUUCUUGAAGAGACGCUACACGCAAUUGGUGCUAAGGCAAUGGUGGUGGGGCAUACUCCUCAAACUACAGGAGCAAAUUGUAAAUACAAUUGCAGCAUAUGGCGGAUUGAUGUAGGGAUGUCCAGUGGAGUUCUUAAUUCAAGACCAGAGGUUCUUGAAAUCAAAGACAAUAAAGCAAGAGUUAUAAGAAGCAAAAAGGAUACGUCCAGUGAAUCUCAGGUUGUCGAUUUUAUAUAG